AUGGCUGCGCGAACCGAGGAUGACUGGGGCGAAAUGGUCCUUCCGGGUGUUUUUAUGCUGCGGCGGAAAACAGCUCCCCUUGAAAAGAGAAUAGUUGGCCUCUCUGCGGGUAGUACUCAGUUUGAGAUCCUUCUUCACGAGAUCGAAGUCAUCGAAACGCAUAUCGACAAGUUGAAAAAAAGCAAUGCUGAAAUUCGUGAGUAUCUAAAGGAGGCGGAAUGCAGAAAAGAAAAUCUUGCUAUUUCCUGUACUUCUGGAGGUGACAUUUCUGUGUGUGAGCCGGAGAAUGAUGACGGCGUCUUUGAGGAUGCUAUAGCUGAAAAUGAAGCACUCAUAUCAUGCAAGGAGAAAGAAUUAGCCGAAUUGAGUCGAUUGAUACAGAGCAAUCGUUGUGCCUGUAGCUACAAUUCGGGGAAGAUAACAGAUGCGGAGAUUCCCGUCACGGAUGAUACAGGGAGAACUGAUACGGUAGAGAACGUGAUGGAAGAAGAGGAGGAUGAGGAGGAGGAGGAGGAAGGAUGUGAGGAAGAUAUGUCUAAUGCGCGCUUUUGUCUUUGA